GGAAAGAAGAAGAAGAAGAAGAAGAAGAAGCAGUGUAUUUUCUUGAAGACAGAGAUAAAAGAAAUGAAGAAAAUCUCUGGUUUGCUUCUAAUUCUCCUUCUCAUCUCUGUAACUCAGCUUGCCUCACUGUCUACGGCGAGGCUUUGUGCCGGAGAAAUCUUCCCGGCUAUUGAUGACGUAAUCUUCGCCGUGGAGAUUCCUGUCCCCAAGGAAGGUCAACAUCAACGACCGACGGUGGGUUGCGGCGAUGGGGAUCCGGCGGAGACUUCGCCGGGAAUUGUCACCGGAAAAUAUGGAUCAUUGGUGCUGAAUGCUCUUCCGAAGAGGAGAGUUCCGGCGUCUGGACCAAGCAAGAGAACCAACGACGUCAAGGCAUGAACUGUCAAGAACAUGUUUUAGAUCCCGCUGUCUUGUUUUGUCAGUUUGAUUUCUGUUUUUUUUUUUUAAUCUUUAGGGUUUGUUUUUAUUUUAUCCACGUUAAUACUUUGAUUUUUUUUCCUUAGAAUUCUCCGAUGUACGGGUUAUAUUAGCUGUGUAAAUAUCUCAUUACAUGAAUUAUAGUUUUCUCU